AGCGCCGAGGGGCGGCCGGGCAGCGCUGCCGCCAUGUCGCUGGGCACCGCGGAGCCGGCCUCGGAGACGGGAGAUGACAGUCUAUCUGCGAUUACCUUUGACUCUGACUUUGAGACGAAAGCAAAAAGGAAAAGUUUCCACAAACCUCCACCCACAUCACCGAAGUCACCUUAUUACUCUAAGCCGAGAAAAGUGGCGUCCUGGAGAUCUUUGAGGACAGCAGCAAGCAUGCCUCUUGGUAACAGAAUGUCCUUAACCCCACAGAAGCUGUGGCUGGGAAGCUCAAAGCAAGGAAGUCUGACCCAAGCCCUGAAGUCAGACCUGACCUUGGAGCAUGCACGGACCAACCCCCCCAGCAGCACGCCCGACUAUCUGACAGAAGCUUUAAGAAUGAAGAGGUCAAAUCUCAGGCGUUCUGCCAGCAAUGGUCAUGUUCCCGGGACCCUGGUCUACAGAGAGAAGGAAGACAUGUAUGACGAGAUCAUUGAGCUGAAGAAGUCACUGCACACGCAGAAAAGUGAUGUGGAUCUCAUGAGAGCAAAGCUCCGGCGCCUAGAAGAGGAAAACAGCAGGAAGGACCGGCAGAUAGAGCAGCUGUUGGACCCAUCCCGAGGCCCGGAUUUUGUUCGCACUCUGGCAGAGAAAAGGCCUGAUGCCGGCUGGGUUGUUAACGGGCUAAAGCAGAGGAUCCUCAAGCUGGAGCAGCACUGCAAGGAGAAGGACAACAUGAUCAACAAACUGCAGACUGAUAUGAAGACCACUGAUUUGGAAGAGAUGAGGAUUGCCAUGGAGACUUACUACGAGGAGAUUCACCGUCUCCAGACUCUCUUGGCAAGCUCUGAAACUGCAGGAAAGAAGACUCCAGGGGAGAAGAAAAUGGGCCUCAAAAGGCAGAAAAAAGUGAGCAGCGCCCUCCUGAGUUUGUCCCGGAGUGUCCAGGAGCUCACGGAAGAGAACCAGAGCCUGAAGGAAGAUCUGGACCGCGUGCUGAGCAACUCCCCCACCGUCUCCACCAUGAAGGGUUACGUGGAAUGGAGUAAGCCCCGGCUGCUUAGACGGAUCGCAGAGCUGGAAAAAAAAAUAAGUUCGAUGGAAAGCCCCAAACCGCACGCUUCAGAAGUGGUCAAGUCAAACGCUGUGGUGCGCUCUUCGUCCAGCUCCACUGUGCCCAGGCAGCCGGGGGGCGACCGGGAGGACGACAGUGAGAGUCUCCGGGGGGCCGUGCGGAACCUGAAAGGCGAGCGGAACGCCCUGCAGAUGCAGCUGCAGGAGAAAGAGUUGGAGGUCAAGCAGCUGCUACAGACCAACACUGACCUGCAGAAGGAGCUGGAGCAUGUGAAGGGAGGCGAGGAGGAGAGAAGAGGGAGAGAGGAGGCUCUGAGACAGGAAAUUCAGACCCUUACGAAGAAGUGUCAAGAACUGGAGGAAAUCAGGAGGGAAGAGAGAGACGACCCUGUGGGGAGGAGUCUUAAGACCCCAGAAGAACCCCGACCUUCCCUUCCCACCAGCAGGCCCUCUCAGAAGGACUGUGAGCCAGAUACAAGCAAGGAGGGCUCCUGGCCCCCCUCUACCUGCUCCGAGGGGCGAAGAGACACGGCGGCCAGGAUCCUGCAGACCCAGUGGAAGGUGUACCGACGCCAGAAAAAAAAGGCUGUUCUGACUGAGGCGGCCACGGCACUCCAGGCAGCUUUCAGGGGACACCUAGCGCGGGUGAAGCUACUAUCAAGCCAGGCGUGUGCUUCAGAAACCCCCGGCCCGCCCAGCCCGCCCGGCCAGGACCCCCCGCCGGGACGCGUCCCGAGCCCCGCCGUCCAGGCUGAGGACGACCCAGGGCAGGAGGAGGCCAUCACCACCGUCCAGUCUGUCCUCCGGGCGCACCUGGCAUGGCUCAGGCACAGCGCCUCUGGUCAGAGAACGGCCACUGCAGCUUCUAGGAGGAGGAGACCCACUCUGGCCACCCCCCGCCCGUCGCCUGCAGUACCCUGCCCUGCUUCUCCUGGUCAGGAGGACAGCGACAUGAGCAGCGGGGAGACCGUGGAGGGGUCGGCGGCCAAGGACGAGGCGCCAGGGCUGUGGGGGCCGGAGAAGCCAGCAGCCUUGCAGCCCUGCUCUGGGCUGUGCUCUCCCUCGGGACCGCGACCUCAGCCACAGCCCGCAGAGCCUCCGCCUACGGAUGACGACAGCUCCGACGACUCGGAUGAGAUUGUCGUUGCUCCGGCACGGCCCUCAAGGAAGGCCUCGUCCCCGCCGUAGGCCCUGGGCCCUCCCGCAGUGCUGGCUUUGCUGGGGAGCUCAGGCACGCUCUGGAGGACAUGGUGACCAGAAUCGCAAAGUAGUUUAUCUCGUUAGGAAAGAACUGCCUACUCCAUAGCUCAGCGCUCUCGUCAGCUUUUCUCUUUGGUUUGGUUUUGCCGCUUGUCUGGUUGUUCGUGUAGGAAUCCUGAAGCUGUUGCUUCAUCUCUGCGCUGGUUUUCAGGGUCAGCCGGACAGACGCGUGUGCCCGGGAUGGGGGCAGCCGCGAGCCCUGCAAACACAUGCCCUGGGUAGUGGCUUCCUGGCCACCAUUAGCCUUGAGCCGGGAAGAGCUGCUCUGUCUGGAGCCGCCCGACAGCACCUCGUUCUCCCCACCAACAUCUUGUCCGGCACCGUAUGCUCCGACCUCCACCCAGUAAGUAGGUCAAGCUGGAUGCGCCGGGGCCGUGCCUUCCGGAAGAGAGGACAUGACAGGCUUGUGUGGGGCAGGCUCUCCCCACCCCCAUGACGGGACAUGAAGAUGUCAGGGCCCCAAGGUGGGCUCGGGCUCCUCGGGCUGCUCCUUCCUGCACCUCUCCACACAGACCUUCAUCUGUCAUCGUCCCCACCUCUCUGGGGCACUGUCCCCCAGAGCUGCCGUGCCCAGGAAGCAGUCUGAUGGGAUUUUGUCACUGGGCAGAUUAAGCCUUAAAAAAAUACCAAACUGUGAUUAAGAAGCAGCAUCAGGUUUGCUUUUGAGAUCUGCAGGGGGGCAGGCUGUCCCCAGGCCCCGAGGAAGGGGCAGCAGGGAGCCCACAGGCCCUUGCUGCAUUCGCGCCCCAGCUCCGCGGCCCGGCCUCUGCCACACAGAGCUCCACUCUGGAGCUGAGUCUCGCCCUUUGUUUGCGAGAUUAGCCCUUGCUGAUGGUAACAUGGAGAGCCUCCGGCCUUGGAUGGCAUUUCAAGGGCCUCUAGAGCCCAUGUCCCCCAGGCCGCGUGUCUGACAUUAGCUCGCUCUUGCUGUGCCCACUGGAGCCCUUCUGAGGUCGCACCUUGGGGAGCAUGACAUCCUCCUUGGGGAAACUCAGGCUGUCCUCUCAGUGGUCAGGAAGCUUCUGGUUCCAGCAUCAGCUAGGCGUGUGGCAGGGGGCACUCUGCAUCGCCACUCCCCCCGCAGCCCGGGUGGGUGAGGGUCUCUGCAGCCCGGCCUGGCCCCCUGGAGUCACCGGGACCCCCCCCCAACUUGGUUCUGUUCACAUAGCUGGUCAAGAAAAACUCAGCUGGGACGCUUGCUUGUUUAGCUUUUCUUCUUCGUUUGGUCUGUGGGCUGCCCCAUCAAUUCUCUUUUCUUUUUCUCCCAUUGGACUGAUUGGUAACUUGCCUGAAAUCGUU